AUGCGGCAGGCUGCCGCGCUGUUUGCCGCUGCGGCCCUGGGUGCACAGGGCUUAGACCUCCGCACUGAGGUCAGGCCUACAGGCGAUCGAUUUCAGGGAUGCGUCUUCGAGAUCGCCAUGCUGGAAAAGCAGCCACUCGGCACCAGCUUCAACAACAAAGCUUUUUGGGCGAUGAAUGCAGUCAUCAACAAGGCCUACGCUGAUCGCUGGGGCUACGCCUUUACCCUGGCAACGCCGGAGGCGCAUAGUCAGAGAGCACUGACCAAGAGACCUGCGAGCAGCUGGUACCGCGUGCCCUUCCUGCAUGAGCGCAUGCAGGCGGCAAACUCCCGCAAUGAAAAGUGCGGCUGGAUUGUCUUCAUGGAUUCCACAGCUUACUUCCGAGACCACGAUGUUCCGUUGACCAAAUACCUGGACCAGCUGUUCAAGGAUCAGCCGUUGCAUCCGCGAACAGGUGGCAUCUUCCAGUGGGAUGCCAAGAACAAUGGUUUGGUGAGCGACCGCAUUUUCUUGCUGCAGGUCAAUGGACAUGGCGAAGAUCUUGUGAACGCCUGGCGCCAAUCCGGAGAAUCGGACGAAGCAAUGCGAUUUGAGGGCGCCGAGCAAGGGACGCUUACGGAGCUGCUCUUUCCGGGCAAGGUCGCGACUCGUAGCGGACAGGCUCUGAAGCUCAUGCAGGUUGCGCACGCCAAGGCUGUGGGCAGUGAACGCCUGCACGGCCACGUCACUGUUCUUUCGGCCGAGGCCGAUGCAAAGGGAGAUCAGUGCUGGGGUAGCUUCAUCCAGGAUACAUCAGCUCUCUCGCCAGGCCUCAAGCGCAGCAGCUCCAUUGAGCAGCUCAAGAAGCUGGGGCUCUUCGAGAACUUCAAUGCCGCCUUGCGUGCCUUAGCUGCCAGACCCUGGCAGCUGCCCCCAUGGACUCCAAACACCGGCAAGCAGCACAAG